AUGCAUUUUAUACUUCCCCUUUUGGUAGCCACGCUGGCUCGCGCGGGUACCAUUACUACGCUGUAUCCCAGGGAGAAUGUCAACGUCGGCGCACCUGCGAAUAUUGAUAAUUUUAAUGAGAAUGAACCGGUCGCUCCCAGGGCAUUAAAGCCUAUCAUCAAGCGUAGUUUUGAUCACGACACCACCUUUCCAAAACAACAAAGGCCUUCACAAAAGCCGUCUUUGAGCGAUGGCCAAUUGGCCGAAGGUCAAAGCAAAACACCAUCAGUCGACGCACCAGAUAACGUAAACUCGAACCCAGUAGACGCCGAGGAUAAUACCAUAGGGAAAGCAGCCAUAGUCUCCGACGGGUUGGUGGGGGAAAAGUUCGCGCCGGGCAACGCCGCGACGAGGACAAGAGGAGGCCGGCCCAUGCUGGGCGCCUAUGGCGGGCACUCCAAAAAUGCCGCGCAGAAACGAUCUUCGACACGCCCGAUGACGGGCUCGCCAUUGCCGAACAAUGGCGCCGCUUGGGGAGUAUCAGACGAGCAAGUCGCAAAAGGAAGGGCAUUCGUGACAAAAAUGAGAUCGCAGUGGGGUCAAGAGACCAAACCAUACGAUGAUGCGCUUAAAGCUCAACAAGAGGCCAUUCGCCAAAAAAGAAGCCAAUAA